GGAGCACCCUUGGCACAUCACCCUGUGUCACCCCACGGGGUUCAAGCAGCUCCACUGCUGCUCCUGUGCACAUCCCUGCACCCCCUGUGCAUGGGUGAGACGCCUGCCUUCCCCACGGCGCUGCCGCACCCUGCACCAAAGCCAGGCAGGCUGCAGGAAGCCGGGGCACUCAGGACAGCUGGGUGCCAGUAAUCCCAUUUGCAGCAGCACAGGGCUAAUCCUCGCAGAGCCCUGAGCCGAUUGGGGUGGGCUGGGGAGGCACUGGCGAGCUGCAGGGGCCAAGGGAGCCCACGCGUCCCAGGGUGGCUUCCCAGGGAGGCAGCGCUGAGCCCGCGGGGGACCUGGAAAAGGAAGGACACCAAGGACCUUCUUGAGCUGCUCAAGAGCCAGCCCAGUGAGCAGCUGGUGCAGCUGGUGUUCCCUGGGCAGUGUGCACCCCUGCUGCUGGGCUCCUGCCAGCUGGAGACCCCUGGGCACUGCCCGCAGCCAGCGGGAUGAUGGGCUGGAUUGACCGCGUGGUGCCCCAGCCCCCGGUGCCCCAUGUGACAGAGGAGACCCCUGUGAGGGAGCUGCAGCCAGCCAAGGCACCAACAGGAAAGGCCAGUGGCCCCACAGAUGCUGCUGAGAGGGCACGCACUGAAGAAACAGAAAAGAAAGUGACCUUUGUGGUUUCUGAGGACUCGAGUUCUGUGUUUGACAGUGUGGGGAGCAGUGUGCUCUCCUGGAUCUCCCAUGGGCUGGAGAAGGUGAUUCCCCAGCCAGUCCCAGCCCCAGCCCCAGGGCUGCAGGCACUCGGGAAGAGCUUUGAGACAAGCAUUGACAUUGCUGAUGAGACAGAGGUCCAAGUCCUUGGGGAUGAGGAUGACGAUGGUCUGGAGAUAACUCCCUUCGAUGCCGAGGAGGACGUCUCCGAGGACGAGCCGGAGAGCGUCCCGGAGGAGUGGGCAGGAAAACGGGUGCUCAGCUGGCUGUCACAGGGCUUCGAGAGGAUUUUGCCGCAGCCAGAGGGGAUGAAAAAGCCGGAGACAGAGCCCAAGGAAAGGAGCGAAGGUGCGGUGGAAGGCACAGAAGGGACUAAAACCCAGGCGAAGUCAAAAUCCAGCGUCCCGGCGGCAGCGCAGGCAGCAGCAGCCCAGGGCCAGCCGCAGCCGGGGGCCGCCCUGAGCCCCCAGCCCGGGGCUGUGGAUGGCGCCAGGAUGUUCAGCUGGUUUGUCCAGGGGCUGGAGAAGGUGAUGCCGCAGCCGGUGACCAGGGAGAAGCAGGACACACAGGGAGUGACCACAGCAACCUCGAGUCCUGUGGAACAAACAAGUGGAAAGGGCUCUGAUUUGCAGCAGCAAAUCAGGUGGCCCAGGCUCAGCCUGGGAGAAAUUGUCUCUGUUCUUUCUUCGACUGAACUGAGAAUAUCCACACAGGGGCAGCAGGGCUGCCCAGCUCUGGGCAGGCUGAGAGCUGCUUCAGCACUGCCCCACCGAGCACAGCAAACCUGGCACCUGCCCUGGCCUCUGGAGAAUGGGCUGCUGUCCCUCCAUCACCUCCCUUUCCCCAUUCCUGUUUCAGUUCACGUAGCCCCUGGGGAGCAGGAGGAAACCCAUCUCAUUGUGGAAGAGAUCGAUGAUGGCCAGAUUAACGAAGAGAUGACAGCCUGGGCUCACGAGGCUGAGCUGCAGGCAGAUGCUCAUUCCCUUCCCACCAUACAGGAGGAACCUCAGGAAGAAGAAUCCAGACCGUGUUUGUGCUCCCCAAACACUACCAAGGGGGAUGAGGAAAAGGAGGAGGAGGAGGAGAGGAAGAAAGAGGAAGAGGAAAAAAAGAAAGAGGAGGAGGAGAGGAAAAGAGAGGAAGAGGAGAUGAAGCAAGAGGAGGAGGAGGAGGAAAGGAAAGAAGAGAAGAGGAAAGAGGAAGAUAAGAAAGAGGAGGAGCAGGAGAAGAGUGCAGAACCCCUGCUGCAGCCUCCUUGUCCCCCUGCUGAUGAGGGUGUGGAUGAAGCCUGCCUUGCCCAGGAGGCCCUCAGGGCUGAGCAGCUGGAGGAAGCUGAGAUAAGUCACCUCCAAGGUGCCCUCGUGCAGGUGGAAGAGGAGACAGCUGAAGCUGCCAAAACUGAUGCUGAAGGCUCCCCGCAGGCUGCUAGCAGCAUGGCCAGGCGGGGCCAGGACGUCGAGCUAGACCGGCUGGUGCAUGAGAAGCCCCGGGCUGGCAGGGUCCCCUCCCCUGCUGGCCACGGGGCUCUAGAGCAGCUCCCCAAUGUCCCCAGCUACCGAGCCCCCGCUGCCACCCUCAGCCCUGGCCUUGUCACCAGCAAGACAAGGGCUGGAGUUGUCAACCCCAGUUUUUGCACUGAGGAGCAAUCCCCACUAGGUCACUCCCCCACCGUGGAGAUCCAGGAUGUGGACAGCCCAGGCUGUGCUGUGGAGAUCCAUGGCACCUAUGGAGAGCCGCCUGCUGCCGGCGCUCCCAACCUGCUGGCGGUGCCCGGCGCUGCAUCCCCCAGGAGGAAGCAACUGCUCCUAGAGGAUGCUCUGGACAAGGGGCUGGUGAGCCAAUCCCCCAGCCGAGGGCUGGCCUGGGAUGAGGAGCAGAGGGAAAGCCUGCCCGAGCGCAUCGGCUCGGCCUCGAGCCUGAGCAGUGCCAGCAUCAACACCCGGCUCCAGGAGCUGGUGAGGCUCUUCAAAGAGAGGACUGAGAAGGUGAAGGAGAAGCUGAUUGACUCUGAUGUCACCUCAGAUGAUGAGAGCCCUGUGGCGUCUCCCACCAAGCCAGCACCUGCAGCAGCAGCGGUGCCUGCCCCAGGAGGGGAGCCGGAGGGGGACAAACCUCUGGGGGAUGACCACUACUGUGAGAUGCUGUGCUGCACGUUCAAGCGCCGGCCCUGGCUGGACCACCUGAAAAGCUACCAGUUCCCCAGCAGCAUUGACCCCCUCACCAAUCUGAUGUACGUGCUGUGGCUGUUCUUCGUCGUCAUGGCCUGGAACUGGAACUGCUGGCUGAUCCCUGUCCGCUGGGCUUUCCCCUACCAGACUCCAGCAAACAUCCACUACUGGCUGCUGGUGGAUUACCUCUGUGACCUCAUUUAUCUGCUGGACAUCGUCAUCUUUCAGACCCGGCUGCAGUUCGUGCAGGGGGGAGACAUCAUCACUGACAAAAAGGCCAUGAAAGAGAACUACCUGCGAUCCCAGCGCUUCAAGAUGGAUGUGCUGUGCCUGCUGCCCCUGGAUUUCUUCUACUUCAAAGUGGGAGUGAACCCCCUGCUGCGCUUCCCUCGCUGUCUGAAGUACAUGGCCUUCUUCGAGUUCAACAACCGCCUGGAGGCCAUCCUGACCAAGGCAUACAUCUACAGAGUGAUUCGCACCACUGCCUACUUGCUGUACAGCCUGCAUGUGAACUCCUGCCUCUACUACUGGGCCUCAGCCUACGAAGGACUGGGCUCCACCACCUGGGUCUAUGAUGGGGAAGGAAACAGCUACAUCCGCUGUUACUACUGGGCAGUGAAAACCCUCAUCACCAUCGGGGGCCUGCCAGACCCCAAGACACUCUUUGAGAUCGUCUUCCAGCUGCUGAACUACUUCACAGGGGUCUUUGCUUUCUCUGUCAUGAUAGGGCAGAUGAGAGACGUGGUUGGUGCUGCUACUGCAGGACAGACGUACUAUCGGAGCUGCAUGGACAGCACCAUCAAAUACAUGAACUUCUACAGGAUCCCCAGAGCAGUUCAGAACAGGGUGAAGACGUGGUACGAGUACACGUGGCACUCCCAAGGCAUGCUAGAUGAGUCAGAGCUGCUGGUGCAGCUGCCAGACAAGAUGAGGCUGGACAUCGCCAUCGAUGUGAACUACAACAUCGUGAGCAAAGUGGCCCUUUUCCAGGGCUGUGACAGACAGAUGAUCUUUGACAUGCUGAAGCGGCUCAGAUCAGUGGUCUACCUGCCCAACGACUACGUGUGCAAGAAGGGAGAAAUAGGCCGUGAGAUGUACAUCAUCCAGGCGGGACAAGUGCAGGUGCUGGGGGGACCCGACGGCAAAUCCGUGCUGGUGACUCUGAAAGCUGGCUCUGUCUUUGGGGAAAUCAGCCUGCUGGCAGCAGGAGGGGGAAAUCGCCGCACAGCAAACGUCGUGGCCCACGGCUUCGCCAACCUUUUCAUUUUGGAGAAGAAAGACUUGAACGAGAUUUUGGUGCAUUACCCGGAGUCUCAGAAGCUGCUGCGUAAGAAAGCCAAGAAAAUGCUGAGAAGCAACAACAAACCCAAAGACGAGAAGGGAGGCCCCGGAGAUGCCCUGGUCAUCCCCCCGAAAGCUGACACCCCGAAGCUGUUCAGGGCUGCCCUGGCUGCCUCGGGGAGGAUGGGGGGCAAGGGGCCCCUGGGGCGGCUCCGCUGGAGGCUGAAGGAGCUGCAGGAGCUGCAGGAGCUGCAGGCGAUGCAGGAGGCGCAGGCGAUGCAGGAGAUGCAGGAGGCGCAGGGUUCCAGUGUCAGCCCAACCCCACCAAAAUCACCAGUGCACCAGAGAUCUCCUGUCGCAUCCCACAGAGCACAGACCCGCCUGGGAGAAGAAAUAUUCUCAGAAUCUCCUGAUCAUUCAGUCACCAUUCGUGUGAUUUCCACAGCAAAAGAAGAUGAGGAAAUCCUUGCUGCUGAGAUUUCAGAGAAAGAUGAAAAAAAAGAAGAGCAAUGAAACAGCAGCAGGUCCCGGGGCAGGCGUAGGAGUCAGGCAAAUGCCUGGGCUAGCAGAUUUUUGUUGUUAAUGAUUUCCAUGCGGUGGCUGUAGGUUUUGCUAUGUGCUGUGGGUAGGAUCUGCCUCUCUCUUCUGCCCAGACCCUCAAUCACUGCUGAUAAAACCCUCUGCCAUUUGACCCAGAACCAUUUAAGGUUUCUCUGCUCUGCAGAUCUAUUGAGCACCUUUAUGAAUUUCCCACUAAAUCUCAGGUCAGCCCUCUUGCUUUGAAAUCUGGCCUUGUGGAGGGAGAGCUAUGGAAAAAUUGCUUUUUAUGGCUCUGGAUGGUUAAUGAGUGUGCAGACAAAGCAUGAAGAGUUAUUCACCUCUGACAGCUGAGUCACCACUUGGCUAGAAACAACCAAGGGAAAAAAAACAACAAGGUUUCUCUGUUGGGCUCAAGGUUGACAGCAGCAGUGGGGAGUGAUUCAUCUGAAAAGGAUGUGGACUAUGCUCACAGGCCAAGCUUGAUUUGCUCACAAAUCAAGCUGUCAUGAGAAUGCCAAGCUCUGUCCCCAAGUGCACAGACUGCAGGAUGCUUGAGGGCUCCCUCGUGGUGCCAAGACCACCUUGGCUUUGCCACUGGGAAGAAUUCUUGCCAGCUGUCCACCCUGGGAAGGUGGUGGACCCUCCAUUACUGGGGCUCUUGUGAGGAGAUUUGAUGAGCAUCUUUCAAGGAUAGAGAACCUUGGAUGAGAUGUUCCUGGAGUUUUUUUCCAGCCUUGGGAUUUUUCUGUGCUGCCACUGCGGGGAGGGAUAAACAGAGAGCGGGAAGGGAGACGCUGAGUUGGCUCCCAGCUGGGAGGGGAAAGAGAAGUGCAGUAAAUGCUCUCCUGUCCCAGACAGUGUUUCAGAGUCAGCUCAGAGCCUGUAAUGUGCCAACAAGUGUGCAUGAGCAUGCAGGUGCUUCCCUGCACUCAUUGCUGGACCUCAGUGACAUCCACACUUCCAGCAGGCAAUUUCCAGCCCUUCAGCCACUCCAGACUGGCUUCAGACUGGCUUCUUCAGCCACUCCAGACUGGCUCUUGGCCACAUUUCCCACAGAGACAGAAGCCACUCUGGUACAGCUCGUCACUGAAGUCAUGAAGCCACUCUCCCAGCAGUGCUGGGACCGGGUGCUGGAGGGGCAGGCAAACAUCUGGACAUCUGGUCAGCAGCCAGCUGAUGGCUCAAGGUGUCCCAUCCUCUUCCAGCACCACCAGCUCCUUCCUCACCCUCCUCAAAGCCAGCACCCAGCAGAGUGAGCUGCUGGUGAGCUGAGAGGAGGUGAGAAGCAGUGCAUGGGGUGGUGCUGGAUGAGGUUUGCAGAUCCUCCCCAAGUUUUGGCUGUCCGAGUUCCCACAGCACCACUGGCCCCAUCGAGAGGAGCCACUUUCCAUCCUCUGGAGGAGGAGCUGGGGCAGGUUUUGCUGCAGGGAGCAGCCCUGUCACUGUGGCCAAGGGACUUCCCAGGUGUUCAGCAAAUGCAGUGAGCAGUGCUGCAGGUUCCACAGGUCUGGCUGUGGCACAGAGAAGGGUGGCAGUGCUGGUGUCACCCCCUGGGUGAUCCCUCUUCCCAUCAGCAGCCCAGGGCUGACCUUCACCUCCUUUGGGAUCACCUUUUGUUGCUUUUUCCCCCUCUCUCUUGCAAAAUGUAUGGGUUUCUGUGGCAAAAAAAUAAAGCCAGAAUAGGCGUUAGAAUUAGUUAAUAA